GAUCGAUUACCAGUGUAAUUAUUUCACUGUUUCAAUAAUGUAAUGGACACUGAUAUUGAUCAUAAUCAUAUUAAAUCAACUCCAUUAAAUAAUGUCAGUACUCUAUGGACAAAAUUAAUCUCUACUGAAUUAUAUCAUGUUCAAAAUAAUCCAAAAUUAUCUGUUAAUUUAUUAAAUAAAGAAAUUAUUCAUGUAAAUAAAAUUAAGAAAUUAGCAUCACAAGCUAAUUCUACACAAUUAUCUGCUUCAUUUUAUUAUCGUAUUGUAAAUUAUAUUGAACAAAAUGCCACAAAUGAUUUAUGUCGUAUAAUAUCUUUUAUAAAUGAACUUGGCACAGGGCAUAUUUACAUGAAAAGUACCAAGAAAGCUCAAUAUUAUAGGAAAUUAGGAAAUGAUUUAUUCAAACAAGGUCAAUUGAAUGAAUCAGCAACAGCUUAUCGAACUGGUUUACUUCAUGCACCUAAUGCAUAUUUUAUGUCAUCAACUAGUGAAAAUAAUGAAUUUUGUUUAGAAGGUGCAUUGUUACAUGGUAAUUUGUCUGCUGUAUUGGCACGUCAACAAUUAUGGUCAUCUUGUUUAGAAUCUGUACUGAACGCAUUGGAAUUACAUUUGAAUGUUACAAAUAUUCAAAAUUGUAGUAAUAAUUCCACAGUAAUUCGUUUAAAAUCUCGUUUUGAACAAUGCUGUAAACAGUUAAAUUUACCUAUGCUUAUUGAAUGGGAUCGUGAACUUACAUCGUGCAAAUUAUUGGAGAUUCACACCAAGUUUAUCUCUCUACUUAUUAAUGAGAAUAAAAAUAGUGUAGAAAACGAUUGGUAUGUCCCAACACCAAAAUACAAUCAUAAUCCUUCGUGCUAUGGACUAUCAAAUGGUGUACGUAUUGAUACAAAUCAUGAAAAAGGUAGACAUGUCAUUGCUACUGAAUCCUUUGAACCAGGUGAUAUUAUAGCGGUGGAACCUGCUGGUGGAUGGGCAACACAUGAAAGCGUACACUCUGACGAUAAUAAUAACAAUAAUAAUAAUGAUCAGAAUACAUUUGAAUAUCUUUUACUUCUACCAUCACAACGUAUGAAUCAAUGUUUAAAAUGCUUUAAUCAAUUAAACUCGAUUGGGUUUAUUUGUCCAUAUUGUUGUGAUGCUGCGUAUUGUGAAUUUUCAAAUAACUCUGGUUGUAAUUCUUAUCAUGUAAACAUGUCUAAUCCUGCAUAUUUAUUUCAGAAUUUUCAACAACCUGUUUGGCAUAUAGCAGAAUGUCGAUUUAUGUUUCUUUUAAAUUCCAUGGGAUUGGGUCAUUUAUGCUUUCGUCUUGCAUGGCUUCGUCAACACUAUCAUCCUUUGUCUUCCGACGAGAAUCGGGAUAAUAAUUACUCAUAUUUCACUAUUGAUCAAUUAAUUGAACAUUUUACAAAUUUUCAUGUUGAUGAAUUAUUCGAAUAUGCGCUUACUGGUUGGUUAAUAUCGAAAAUUUUAAAUUUUAAUCAGAAAAUUAAUUUAAAAUCAACACACAAUGAAUUAGUUCAAGGUCUCUGGUGUUUCGACACACUGAGACGUCUUCAAUGUAAUGCACAUGCUAUCACUGAAAUUCAAAUGAAUUAUUCUAAUAGUGACACAUGGUGUCCUUCAUCAUAUCAAUUGAAUACUAAUGAUAUGGUUGAUUUGCAAUUAAUUUAUCCUUUUAUUUGUAAAUUACAACAAAUUCGUACUGCAACUGGUUUAUUCCCAUGUGUUAGCUUAUUCAAUCAUUCAUGUGAUCCGAAUACAAUUCAUAAUUUCCAAAAAUCAUAUUUAAUUCUACGAUGUUUAAAACCAAUCCCACCUGGUACGGAAAUAUUCAAUUGUUAUGGACCGCAUUAUUUACAUUAUCCAUCAAGUGUUCAACGUGUAGCACUUCUACAACAACAAUAUUUUUUUGUAUGUCAUUGUGAACAUUGUAAUAGUAAAUGUGUUCAAUCCUCUUCCCCUACUUCUACUUCGCUAUCGUCACUUUACAUCACAGAUCAACAAAUAUCUACUGUUCCGACUAAUGAAAUGUUAACAGAGUGGAAAGAUGCUGUUGACAAACUUUUACAAACACCUUGGCAAUCUAUACAAUCAAUAGAGAAUUUAAAGCAUGCUAUUCAAACUGUACAGACUGUUGGUACGCUUAAAUCAACCAAUUCAUGGUGGCCAUCCAAUGAUAAUCUAGGUAGUUUACUAGAUACAUUAGGUAGACAAUAUUUGAUUAAAUCGAAACUCAUACAACGCUCACAAUCAAAUCAUAAUGAUCAACAGCAACAAUCUGAUUGGUUAUUUGCACAAAAUGCUGGUCUAUGGUGUUUACAACAAUCUGUUCAAUGGGUCAAAUUACACUAUGGUACUAUUAGUUGUGAGUAUUUAUGGGAAUUAAUAAAUUUCCUAAAUUUAUCCAUUAAUUGUUUUAAUCAAUUCGACAAGUCAAUUCAAUUGAAUAUAUCUGAAGAAUUUACAAGAUUAAAUGAUCAAUUUUUAAAAUUACAAAUGGAUGAUCCUACUAUGUUUACGGAUCAAAAUUCAAUUUUAUCUGAGAUAAACAAGCUUUCUACUAUAUUAUAUGGUUCUUAUAAAAGUCGUAUAAUUAUCGACAAGUUUGUUGUUCGGGUGCCCCAAAUCAUCUCUCAGAAAAGUCUAUAGUGUUACAGGAACGCCAGCAUUCAAUAGGACCAUCUCAGAAACUCCUGGACAAUGCAGAUUUACGGACCACAAUUCUGAUUGGUUAUUUGUCCAUAUCACUACUAUGCUUGGUAUGGUGUCCGAACCCUCCAGAAGUCCAAGAUAAUGGUUUACUCUAUAAAUACGCUUAUUUUUCUGUACAAAACUAACCUUGAAAUAGAGCUUUCUUCUUGUACUUCACAC